AGUCGGUACCUACCUGUCUUUCAUGGCGGACUUUACUGGGCGCUAGGGUUAUCGCUAUAAACAAUUAACUAGAAUGUUAAUUAAUCAAGACAAUUAGCGAAGUGUCUCUGCGAUAAAGUUGAGGAUUCCUAUGGGAACUAGUGAAGCUUCAGCUGGCGAUCUUAACUCGAAUUUUCAAUGCCUUUACUUAGUAAGUGGACACCAUUUUUGUUAUUUUCGGAGACCUUUGAUAUUUUUAAACCGCAAACAGGUAUCAUUUUGUUCAAUAAAUUUCACUAUAUAGCUGAAAAAUUAUCUAUAUAACUUAAAUGGUAACUCAUUUUUUGUUUUAAGCAUUAUAGAUUUUGUCGUAAUUCAAUGUCUCGACAUCCAGUCCAAAUGAUCGUAUCCCUUUUUUGUAUGUAUGGAUGCAGUUUUCGUGAAGUCUGUUAAGCGCUGCUAGGCUCAGAAAUACCUGUGUUAAGUGGGUACUGAUGUCAUCAGUAGGGUAACAGGGUACCUGCUUACUGAAACUACUUUCUGUUUCGCCUUCUUACCAUGGCCACGACGGAGGAAACGUCUCCAGAGGCAACUGACAACGCAACAACAUCGUCGACGAAGAUACAGAUGACAGCCUUUGUAUCAAGCAGAUAUCAUCUCCCAAUGGAGACGAGUGGAUGUGACAAGUCCUUGUACCGAGCACCCAGCAUGUUCCGAGAUUUCAAACUCAAGAGGAAGCGUGUUCAGGACAUUUUUGGAAGCGACACUGAUUCUGGAACACACAACAUAAAACUGAACGAGUCGAGCGACUGUGACCGUCAGAGUGACGUGAGCAGUGAAAGUGUAGACAGUGCCUAUAUAUCUGAUCGUGCCAGUGACACCAGUGACAGACGCAGCAUUGAUGAACCACCACUGAAAGCAUGCCGAACAUCUGAAGAUGACAGUGCAAGAAAGUUUGAUCACUUCACGCAGCAGAUUAAGAACUCUGAACCAGGCGGGAACAACAAGAACGUGCCGAUGGGAAUGACAUAUUUUGGUUUUCCGCCAGCGUAUGUGAACAUGUUGCAAAAUCAUGGGGUAUCCCAGGUACCAGGACUUGUCCCCACUGGGAUGAGAUUCAUCCCGGUCAUGGGCACCAUGCCGGGGUUGAUGCCGCAUCGCUGCCCAACAUGUCAACUCCUAUGUUUGUUGCAGCCCCCCUACUGGGUUCAUGUUUUCAAGCAGUGGGACGAUGAUGGAUAAAAAUGUGCCACUAUUCAACCUCCCAACCAGCAGUGGAAGCCACAUAAACCCAGUAUCUGGAUCCAGCCCACAAAAGCUGGACAGUUCAAGUAACUUCAAAUCUUCAAAGGCAACAGGGAAUGAAAAGUUCUGCAAGGAACAAGACUUUAUUGCUCAUUAUACGAACGGCAAGUUUGUAUAUAGCGGUCACUUGGCUGAAAAGGACAUUCGCCCAAAUGACCGCUCGACAGACCAGUCAGAGCACAAAGACUAUGAUUCUGAUCCAGAAGAACAAAUGAUCUGUGCCAUUUGUAAUGACAGGGCGACAGGUCUGCACUAUGGAAUCAUCACAUGUGAAGGAUGCAAGGGUUUCUUCAAGCGGACAGUCCAGAACAAGAGGGUGUACACCUGUGUGUCUGACGGCGACUGUGAAAUCAACAAGGCUCAGCGGAACCGCUGUCAGUAUUGUCGCUUCAAGAAAUGUCUCCAGAUGGGCAUGGUUCUAGCAGCUGUGCGAGAAGACCGAAUGCCAGGUGGUAGAAACUCAGGAGCAGUGUACAACCUCUACAAGGUAAAGUACAAGAAACAUAAGCGGCGUGAUGCAAGUGGGCGAAUGUACAAGCAAAGAGUGGCACAGAUCAAGGUGAAUUGCGAUGGUCAAAUCGCCACAGAGGCAGUUACCGGGAGUUACAAGGAACCGAUAAACUGGCCAGCUGUUGCCAAGAGAUCUCAGAACAUGCCACUCAAUCAGACUCACUCUGUGAAAAACUCACAAGCUCUUGUGAUGAGAAAUGCCAUACCGCCGAUGACGAUAAAAGAAAACAUGCACAUGUUCCCAGGAAGUGAAAUGUACGAUCGGAGAAGUGACACACAGCUCCGCAUUCUGAAUACGCAAGUCCAUACUGACACUGAGUCUCGCAUGAGUGUUGAUGAUAGCAGUCACACGCAUGGUGAUGAGCGAUCGUUCAUGGACUCCCCAGGUUCCUACCAGAGCACAGCUCUGUUGUCCCCCGUGUCCAACACGUCGUCAACGUCAUACCAAGCUCUCAGCCCUAACAGCAAUCCUGACUCAGAACAUCUCAUAGAUGAACUCAUGCAUGUUGACUCUUUACUGGGCAUUGCGGAAUCGUAUCGCAUCGACCAGUUCGCAGGCAGCGAGGACUCCGUAGCUCAGACCUUGUGUAAAAUCGGGGACGAUAUUGUUGUGAAGCUGGUCCAAUGGAUCAGACAGCUGCCAUUCUAUAGGGAAAUCCCUGUGGAUGUUCAGUCUCAGAUUCUAACCAACAAAUGGCAUGAGCUUCUGCUCCUGAUAAUGACAGCGUACGGAGCCGUGAAUACAAAGCCCGAAGAUGAGACUCCAUCGUACAAUGACCUGUACCAACGUAACAUGCAGAAAAUGCAGUGGUAUCUGAACAACACUUUUGGGAAGUCGUUCUCCAUCGACCAGCUGCAUUCCGAGAUUGGCGACGUGAUGGAGAAGGUGACCCACAUCAUGUCAUCAUUCUACCAGAUGUCACUGUCACUCCAGGAAUAUGUGUGCCUGCAGAUCAUCCUUCUGUUAAAUCACAAUGAUGCAAAUCCCAGUCAGGUUAUGGAGAAGGUGCAGGACCGCUACAUGACCGGGCUGCAGACGUACGUCUACACACAUUAUCCCAACGAACCAAACCGCUUCGGGGAGCUGUUGCUGCAGUUGCCACAGAUACAAGCUGCAUCCUCCCUCCUCCUGAAGAGCAAGAUGAUAUAUAUCCCAUUCCUCCUCAACUCUUGAAUCAUUGUGUUCUCUGUACGUCUGUUGUUUCCUGGACAAUCUGACAAGAUGGUGUUUUUUAUGGAAAGUGAUGAAGACCAUUGUUAAAAGUUUUGUAAAUUUCACGUACAUUGAUGUCGAUACAUGAUCUGUUUGUAAAUAUUUCACAUGAACUUGUAUAGUUAUCUGAAAUUGUUAUUACAAAAAUGUUUUCAGAAAUGAAGUUUCUGCUAAUUUAUUUACAUAUAUGUCACAUGUGAUAGAAAUGUUUUAUACAGUGAUGAUAGUUUUCCGAUUUAAACAAGACAAUCUCAUUUUUACUCCUAUCAUCAAUUAUAAAAUAUAUAUGUUAAAUCUAUACUACAGAGAACAAUGAAGGCUGAAUUCAUCUGAUGGGUCGCUGUAGACUAGUGUAUUGUAAACAAGUUCAGGCAAAGGGAGAUAACCAUUAUGUGUUAAUCCAAAUCAUUGGCUGUGUAAAUCUGCAAGUUCAUUCAAUCCUUCAUUUAGCAUGCUAGUUCCUAGUUUUCUGGGUUCGAAUCCCAUAUUUGGUAUGAUAGAAGUUAGUGGGUUUGUCAGCACCAUGCCUAGACUAUGGUUUUCACAGAAAGGGCAAACGUCGAAGACCCGCAUUCAGGGUGGUCCUCCUGCAUCAAGCUGGCGUGCUGUGAUGUAACUGAAAUAUUGUUCAAUGCUGUGUUAAACCCAGAUUACUCACUCCAAUAGCAGGCUGUAUAGACCAGAUUACUCGCUCCAAUAGCUAGCUGUAUAGACCAGAUUACUCGCUCCAAUAGCUGGCUGUAUAGACCAGAUUACUCGCUCCAAUAGCUGGCUGUAUAGACCAGAUUACUCGCUCCAAUAGCAGGCUGUAUAGACCAGAUUACUCGCUCCAAUAGCAGGCUGUAUAGACCAGAUUACUCGCUCCAAUAGCAGGCUGUAUAGACCAG